UGUCGUUUUCACUUUGUUCAGAAAAUGCGACCGACUAAUGUGACGAGUGAAAACCGACACGUGUGGUCAAGCAGAUCUGAUUGCGAUUAAUUUUUCACGCUUCUCCUCUCUCUCUACGUUCCCAUUUCCCGCCAACUGAAGUAAAAGAGCUCACAAGAAAUCAAGAAUUGUGAGGUUGGCUCUCGUUUCUCUCGUCUUGUUCGCUGUUUGGUUUCCGAGAAAAUCCUCGCUACUUCUUCACACAACUUGACUUCUGAGAAGAUCGUUUCUGCUUUUUCAGUCGCCAUCGACGAACUGCAGCCUUGAUUUCGAUUCAAGUUUGAAAUCCAUUUCUCAUCACCAAGAAAACAUGAAUCAGGUAAAGGAUCAACACUUUUCAAACUAAUUCUAGUUGUAGGUUUUGAAUCUCCAGUCGUAGAUCUAGACAGAUGAUACGUAAUAGUCCAGGGAUUAGUCCUCUUCUCCCAAUUUCUGGCUCAAAGGAUCAGGACAUCGAAGCGCCUCCUUCGCCAAAGAAGCAGAUCUCCAAUGUAACUGUCUGCUCUCGCUUCAGGCCACUGAAUUCAAAAGAGAGGAAGGAUCUUUGCGUGUGCCGCAUUGACGACGAAACUUUCGUCUUCAAGUUAGGUACUAUUAAUCUGAUAUUCACCUCCCUUGCCUUCGAUUGCUAUGCUAAUUUAAAGUUCCUCUGGUGUUAAUUAGGAUGAGAAGGAAGAAGAGUCUACUUUCAGCUUCGAUAAGGUUUUCUACGAGGAUUCUCUGCAAGCUGAUGUCUAUGAAUUCAUAGCCCUACCUAUCGUUCGUGGUAUAGAGAUCGCUGCAAACUGUUUGAUUAGUUUCUUCUUUCAUAAUCCGAUUCUCGUUUCUUGUUUCCAAACAUCUGGUUCAUUUGAUUCUGAAAUUCUUCCUCGAUUCAGAUGCUGUUAAUGGAGUGAACGGGACGAUAAUCACUUAUGGACAGGUGAGUUUAGGUCAAAUUGGAGUCAAAUUUCCUGUUAUUGUUCAUGUUUGAUUGUCGAUUUGUGGUUUAGACUUUAGACCUUCCUUUUCGUUUUUCUGAAUCAUCACUGUCAUCUUUCUUCAAGCAGACGGGAGCCGGGAAGACGUAUAGCAUGGAGGGACCAAAUGUUCUAGAAUCAGAUGAUAUGAAGAAAGGGCUAUUUCCAAGAGUAGUAGAUGGACUGUUUGAGCAUCUUGCGUCUGCUGGUGAUUCAAUCAAGUACAAGAUCACGCUAUCCAUGGUUGAGAUCUACAUGGAGAAAGUCAGGGAUCUCUUUGACUUGUCUAAAGAUAAUUUAGUGAUCAAGCAGAAUAAAGACCAUGAGAUGCUGGUUUCUGGAGUGACAAAGAUUCAUUUGUCAGACACAGGAGAAGCUUUGCAAAACCUACAUGCUGGAAUACAAAAUAGAGCUGUUGGGGAAACUCAAAUGAAUCUGGCAAGCAGUCGAAGCCACUGUGCCUACAUAUUCACAGUCCUGGGAAGGACAGGGAAAUUGGUGCUUGUUGACUUGGCAGGAUCUCAGAAAGUGGAGAAAACUGGAGCCGAAGGGAAACUUCUUGAAGAAGCUAAGACCAUAAACAAAUCCCUAUCAGCUCUGGGGAACGUGAUAAAUGCUCUAACAUGCAGUUCAUCCAAAUCUAAUCACAUACCUUACCGUAAUUCUAAGCUGACCAGGCUUCUUCAAGAUGCUCUAGGAGGCAACUCUAGGACUGCUUUAAUCUGUUGCUGCUCGCCGAGUACCUCAAACUCAUCAGAAACAUUUUCCACUCUUCGUUUCGGUACCAGGGCAAAGCAUAUAAAGACAUCGCCUAGAACAACGACGCCAGAAAUUCCGGAUCCGAUAGUAGAGCCUCAAGCGAUUUGGAGUUUGAGUUGGUUGAAGCUUCAUUGGGUGGAAAUUGUCCUUGGGCUGCUUUCAUUUGGCAUAUCUGUGGCGAUUCUCGUCCUGACCUACCUUGGGUUUCAUGAAAACAGGACACAUUCCCAUCUCAUCGGUCUUGCAUUCCUUCCGGCAGGGGUGACAUUCGUUCACUUCAUUUUGAGUAGCAUUUAUGUUUAUUGCGGGAAGGAAUGGAAAAAAGAGAAGAUAGCGUUUUUAGCCCAGGCAUGGUAUUCGAAGACGGUCUUCCAGCUGCUUGGAUUCGUCUUCGGGGGAUUUACAAAUGAAUUGAUUGCGAAGGUCAAGCUGCCGGCAGUCUUGAUGUUCCUCUACAGCUUCUACGUCAUGUGCUCCUCACAGUAUACCAAGUUCCCCUUCAGCUUGGAUGUGACCUCCACCUGGCUAUCGUCUACCGCCAUUGUCGCUUUUGACACCAGCCGAUCUUCCAAAAAAUUUUGGUAUCCAUGGGGAUUGAUCAUUGGCUUGGUGGGGAUAAUGGUUGUGAGAAACAUCUGCGAUAGGCCAGCCCCGAAUGAGGAUGUGGUUGAGGACCCUGACGUUGAGGAACCCCUGAUUGGCUGAGCAGCUGCUGUGGUCGUGAUCGGACCUUUGUUUUGGCCGGAGGGUGGUUAUGGACCUAAUAAUAGAUAGACGAGGGAUGAGAUGAGAUUAUUCUCUGUUAUUGGAUUUGUGUUUUGUCUCUACCUAUACGGUUUUAUACUUGCAGCCUUUUGAUUUGAUGGAUAUUGUUGCCAUGUUUUGUGUCUGUAUGACCGUAACAGAGCUUUUAAGUGACUCACAGCACGUUGAAUUUCUCAAGUUUCUCAUAUGCAAUUAAUGGUUCAGUAGUGU